CUAGCUUGUCAAUAUAAAAAGCAUUUACAAGGAUGAAUAAAGAGCUAGAUGAAGAAACAUUGCAAGAUCUUUAUGCUUGGAUCGACAAAAUACCACUUUCCAGGCCAAAGAGAAAUAUAGCAAGGGACUUCAGCGAUGGAGUGAUGGCAGCUGAGGUUGUGAAGUAUUUUUUCCCCAAACUCGUGGAGCUGCAUAACUACACACCGGCGAAUUCGACCCAACAGAAGCUGAGCAACUGGGGCAUGCUGAACAGAAAGGUGUUUGCCAAGCUAAAUUUCCAUGUACCGGAAGACACGAUAAAGAAGAUCGUGCUGAGCACUGCAGGGUUCAUCGAGCCCGUUCUGUGCACGCUGAGGGAGAAGAUCGAGGACAAGAGACUGGGAAGGGCAGGAAAUGAGCAGGAUUUGGAGUACUACAGUACUAUCAAUGAGAAGUCAAAACCAGAGCACCUCCAGAUGACAGUCGUGCCUUCUAACGCAAAGCCGGGGCCUGGGCAAAGGAGGGAGGAACGCACACACCUUCAGAAAGCGAGACCCGGGCCUAUACUGAGUCCCAGCUCCGACAUGGACCCGACCUUCCGCCUGCUGAUGGAGGAGAAGGAGCAGGCUGUGCUAGCCCUGCAGGAGACUGUGGAGAUCUUGCAGAUCAAAGUGAACAGGCUGGAGCAUUUGGUGCAGCUGAAGGACCUGCGCAUUGAGGAUUUGACGAGGCACUUGGAACGUUAUAAGUCAAGGGCUAACAUGCCAUGA